AAUUAACUGUGUUUAAUUGCUACUUAAGCCGUAAUUUUAGUAAACAAAAAACUAGUAGUAAAAAUUAAUAAAAAAUAAAACAAAAAUUUAAAAUUAUUUUCUAUAUGUUUUAAAGAAAUCCGAAAAAGGAUUUCUUGAACAUAACAUUAAAUUCACAUUAGAAACGUUUUUUCUGGGUGUUACACAAAACUUUUCCUGGUACAAAAAUGGCAGCCCUCUUUGAGUUUCCGCGCCGGAAAUAGGGAAUUCCGCCAUUUUCUAAUGAUCCUAAACUUGGGAAUUAAAAAACUUUCUGGUGGCACUGGCAAAAACUUUGUUUUCAGAGGAAUGAACAAAUCGUACUUGCAGGACUAGGCCUACCAAGAUGACCAGUGGCUGGUAUUUGGAGCACGUAGCUACGGGCGAAAAGAUAUUUCUGCAUUACGGGGAUAAUGUGAUGGGUAGCAGUCCGUUUUGCAAGAUUAUUUUCUGCGCACCGUUUAAAAACAUUGCCCGAAAACAUGCCAACCUAAUCAUUAAUGACGAUCAAGUUAAGUUGAAACCUUUGACGGACUUAAAUGAAAUAUUUAUUGACGACACACGGGUAGACAACAGCAGUGAGUCCCCACUAACUGAGGGAUCCGUCAUUACUUUGGGGAUCAAACCAUCAUCACUUGUUGUGCCCGGAAACAGAGCUGUCUUUACUUUGAAAAAAAUGGGACCCUGUGUCGAUGAAAUGGACCUCGUAUCUGAGGAUGGAGAUUCACAGAAUCUCAAUAAAACACCACUAAGGCGCAGCCUUAGAGUUAGAAAUCCCCCUCUACGCUAUCGCAGUCCAAAAUUCUUGGUACGAAAACGGAAGUAACAAAAGAGAAGAGGACUUGAGAGAUGUUAAGACGAAUCCAAUAACGAA